CUCUGCAAACUUCUCUCUCUUCUCCUUCCCCUCCUGAAAUAUAUUCUUCAUUCCUUUCUCAUAACCUCAAAAAAGUUGCUUAAAUUAACUCACUGUUUUUGGUGAUGUCAAGCAACAAAGGGAAAGAUAUAGCAGAAGGUUCAUCAAGAGCUGGUGCUAAUGCUCCUGACCAGCAAAGUCCACCUCCUUUGAGUCGAUACGAGUCGCAGAAAAGGCGCGAUUGGAACACUUUUGGUCAGUACUUGAGGAACCAGAGGCCCCCAGUUGCAUUAUCACAGUGUAACGCAAACCAAGUGCUUGAUUUUCUUCGAUACCUCGAUCAAUUUGGCAAGACUAAGGUGCACUUACAAGGGUGUGUCUUUUUUGGACAGCCUGAGCCACCAGGGCCUUGUACUUGCCCACUUAAGCAAGCCUGGGGUAGCCUUGAUGCUCUCAUCGGCCGGCUUAGGGCUGCUUAUGAAGAAAACGGUGGCUUGCCUGAGACAAACCCUUUUGCAAGUGGUGCUAUUAGAGUAUAUCUACGAGAAGUGAGGGACUCUCAAGCCAAGGCAAGAGGAAUUCCUUAUAAGAAGAAGAAGAAGAAGAGGAAUCCGACGAAAGCUAACGAUGAGAGCUCAAGCUUUCAUAUGCAGUAAACUUGAUUUACUGUGGUUUUCCCUAGAAAACAAUGGCUCUUAAAUUUUCAAGGCUUGCAUAAGCGUGGCAUUUGGGACCUCUAUCAACUCUUCCUCGAUCAGAUUGAGUUAUCGGUCUUCGAAUCGCUCAAGCACUGUAAUUUAGUUAGAAUGAGAAAAUGCAUGAAGUCGGUCCAAGAUCAUAAAAACAAGGAGUGAUUAAAGUGGGUAAGUUACGUUUUCUCAUCCUUUUGUCCAUUUCAUAUCAAAGCCUAGUCAAGUUUGUUGUCAUGUACUGCUAUCUGGAUAUGCAUUAUUGAAGCAUAAGCACUACGGUAUUGCAAUUUUCUCAUUUUGUUUUCU